AUGGCAGAAGAUAACGACACACCGUGCGUAGAGGUGGAUGCUGCCUUUCUCAAAUCGAUAAGGGGUCUCCUGAAAGUGGCAGAAAUGGUGACCCUGUUGGUGUCCUUUUUCUGUUUCAUAUCAGCGUCCAGACCGAAGUACACUGCUACCGCAGGCUUGGAGUUUCUGAUCACCGGUUUUCUGCUGUGCCUGUACUUGUUCAAACUGAACAAGAAGCUUCCAUGCUGCUUCUGGCCUCUCAUAGAUGUUUUCAACUCAGUUUUUGCUGCCGCCUUUGGGCUUGUCAUGAGUCUGAUCGCUGUGUUUACUUACACUCACAAAAGCAGUCUUGGUGGAGGGGUGGUGGGUAUCAUAACAGCCGUGCUGUUUUGUGUAGACGGCUGCACUCUUUUCAAGAGGAUCACAUUCAACAGACCAAGAAAUGAAACGAGGACACAACACUGAUCAAAUGGGGAAAACCGAAUCAAAUGGAGAAAACUGUCCUGAACAAUGACUGGUUUGAAAGAGCCCACUGAAGACCCUCCACCCAACACACACACACGCACAAACAGAUGGCUGGUUGGUUGUGACCAGUCGCCCACAGACGGCUAUCUCUGGAGUCUUUUCACCAAAUUUACACUGUGUGUUUAUUUAAGUAUACUGUAACCCUUGACAAAUGAUCCAUUAAGUACUACUGGGUGCUCUUUAACGGGAAUUAGACUGUUGUCUAUUUUUUUUGGGGGGGGGUUCAGAGAUUGCUUUUCCAAGCAAAACACACACACACACACACACACACACACACACACACACACACACACACACACACACACACACACACACACACACACAGGUGGAACUUGUUGUAAAGGAAGGCAUUUUCAUGAAUCAGGUGCAAUAAUGUUUUCUACCGGAGGCCCGGCUUUCCCUGUUUUCUCAGACUGUAGCUGUCAUUUUAA